GUUGUUUAACGAAGCAAAAUUGACCUGGUAACAAGUAGGCAACGCGGAUGCCCAAAACUCGGGACGGAAGGGAGGUCUUCUUCUUCCACUGAUCGGUUGAGUGGUUGUUUGUUGGAGCGAACAUUGUUAUUCAAAGGUUGUUCGCCGUCUCCUCCUUAGUUUCCUAGGUUGAAAUCGAUGGAUACCGGAGGUAAUUCUCUGCCCUCGGGACCAGAUGGGGUGAAGAGAAAGGUGUGCUAUUUCUACGACCCAGAAGUUGGAAACUACUAUUACGGCCAGGGCCACCCUAUGAAGCCCCACCGCAUCCGUAUGACCCACGCCCUCCUCGCCCACUACGGACUCCUCCAAGACAUGCAGGUUCUCAAGCCCUUUCCUGCUAAGGACCGAGACCUCUGUCGCUUUCACGCCGACGAUUAUAUCUCUUUCCUUCGUACGAUUACCCCCGAAACCCAGCAGGAUCUGCUCCGCCAGCUCAAGCGAUUUAAUGUCGGCGAGGAUUGCCCUGUCUUCGAUGGCCUCUACUCCUUCUGUCAAACUUAUGCUGGCGGCUCUGUUGGUGGUGCCGUCAAGCUCAACCAUGGCUGCGAUAUCGCCAUCAAUUGGGCCGGUGGCCUUCAUCAUGCCAAGAAGUGUGAGGCUUCUGGAUUCUGCUAUGUAAAUGAUAUUGUCCUCGCCAUUCUGGAGCUACUCAAGCAACACGAGCGUGUUUUGUAUGUGGAUAUUGAUAUCCACCAUGGAGACGGAGUAGAGGAGGCAUUUUACACUACUGACAGAGUCAUGACAGUUUCAUUCCACAAAUUUGGGGAUUAUUUUCCUGGUACAGGCGAUGUGCGUGACAUUGGAUAUGGGAAAGGGAAAUACUAUUCCCUUAAUGUUCCAUUGGAUGAUGGGAUUGAUGAUGAGAGUUAUCAUUUCUUGUUUAAACCAAUCAUUGGAAAAGUUAUGGAAGUUUUCAGGCCUGGUGCUGUUGUUCUCCAGUGUGGGGCUGAUUCCUUGUCUGGUGAUAGGUUAGGGUGCUUCAAUCUUUCAAUCAAAGGCCAUGCAGAGUGUGUCAAAUUUAUGAGAUCAUUCAAUGUGCCAUUGCUGCUGGUAGGCGGUGGUGGAUAUACAAUCCGGAAUGUUGCUCGUUGUUGGUGCUAUGAGACAGGGGUUGCUCUCGGAAAGGAAAUUGAAGACAAUAUGCCCCAACAUGAAUACUAUGAAUAUUUUGGUCCGGACUAUACUCUUCAUGUUGCCCCUAGUAACAUGGAAAAUAAAAAUUCACGCCAAUUACUUGAAGAAAUACGUGACGAGCUUCUCAAUAAUCUUUCAAAGCUUCAGCAUGCACCGAGUGUCCAAUUCCAAGAAAGACCACCUGACACAAAGCUUCCUGAGGAUGAUGAAGAUCAAGUGGAUGCAGAUGAGAGAUGGGAUCCAGAUUCUGACAUGGAUGAAGAUGACCGUAAGCCUCUACCAAGCAGGGUAAAGAGAGAAAUAAUUGAACCUGAACCAAAAGUACUGGAGAGCCAGAAAGGCAAUUCUGAGCAAACCAGAGGUGUUGAUGCAACAGCUGAUGAGACUGCAAGUGCAAAGGCAUUAAAUGAGGACCCCAUGGCAAUUGAUGAACCCAGUGUGAAAAUUGAGCAAGAAAACACAAGCAAGGCGUCUGAUCAAUUGUACGCUAAGACAUAAGUGAAAAUACCAAUGCCAUUGGUAUUUCCUCUUUGUGAAGCUGGCUGUGGAUUUCUAUGAAUGUUUCCCUUUCCUUUUUCCUUUUUUAUUUUUGAAGAUACGCAGUCAUACAGUCUUAAAUUUUAUGUGUCAAACUUUGCGCAAGUCAUGAAGCUUGAAUGAAUGUGUUUACAAAUUAAAGGUUUGUCUAGCUAGCUUGUGAA